CCUGCAGCAGCUCCACCAGCUGAAAUCCUGUAGGAUCCAAUCCGUGGUUUCAGCUUCGAUCUGAUGGGUUUUAAUGAUGCUGAUGAGUUUUUACAAACAGUCAAAGGAUCUUAUUGUAGUGAAAUUUUCUCCAUCUGCUCCUCAAACCAUUGUGUGCAUUUAGUAUUAAUGUGUAUUCCUUUGUACUUUAAUUAUAGCAAAUAUUUCACGCUAUUGACUUGUUUCUUCUACAAACUUCACAUUGUUUAGCAGACUGAAUCAAGGCUGUAACAGGCAGGAUUAAGUAAAAAGAAGAUGCAGAACGUCUCUUCACAGCAGCACUUUGUCCUGAACGGUUUUGCAGAACUGGGCGACCUGAGGCCGGUCCUCUUCGUCCCGUUCCUCCUCAUGUUCAUCGUGGCUCUGCUGGCCAACUCCCUGCUGGUUUAUGUUGUCGUUUCUCAGAGGAGCCUUCAUCAGCCAAUGAGCAUCCUCAUCGCCGGCAUGGCUUGUGUUGAACUCUGCCUCCCGGUGUUCUUUGUUCCCAACAUGUUGCUCAGCUUCCUGUUUGACUGGAAGGGAAUCUCUCUGAUUGGCUGCCUGGUUCAGAUGCACUUCAUUCACUUCUUUGGAACGUUUCAGUCCACCUUCCUGGUGUGGAUGGCUCUGGAUCGAUACUUUGCCAUUUGUACGCCACUCCACUACCAUGAACUGAUGGCGCUGCAGAGAUUCCUGAAGUUUAUCGUCCUGCUGGUUGUCAGAAACAUGCUGCUCAUCUCUCUGUUUGUGAGUUUGGCAGGAAAGCUGUCGUUCUGCAGGAAUGUGAUGAACCACUGUUUCUGUGAGCACAUGGCCUUGGUGGAGCUGGCCUGUGGAUCCACCGCCAUCAACAACCUUGUAGGUCUGAUUACUGUCUUCCUCAUCCCUGUCUUUGACUUCUUAUUUAUCGCUGCAUCUUACAUUCUGAUAAUCAGCACCAUGUUGAGGUCCAGCAGGACCAGCGUCAAAGCAUUACACACCUGCAUCACUCACGCAAUGGUGAUCACGGUUAGCUUAGCCUUAGCUCUCAUUGCUUUACUUUCAUAUCGGAUUAAGAAUGAACUUCCUGCAGCAGUCCGAGUUUUCUUCAGCACCAUGUACCUGUUGUUCCCGAGCUGCUUCAACCCGAUCAUCUACGGCAUCAGAACCACCGAGAUCAGGCAGCACAUUCUGAACACACUGACGCACUGGAAACGAUUCGUCCAAACUGGACCUUAGUGUUCCUAAACACUCAAAUAAAGAUGCUGCUGUUGAAUUUACAAUAAAACAUAUUGAUGGGAGACUGAAGGCAUAAAUAUUUCAAACACUAACAUCACUGCAGAUCAUUAUUCUCUAGUUCAAGCUGAGAUUAGUGGUUACCGUUAUGUGGUUAUAUAUUAAACCAUGUGGUUCGAUUCAAUUAAAAAAUACUUUAUCGAUCCCAAAGAGAAGCUAAAUAUUGUAAUUGAUGGCUGUGAGCAGAAAAGGUCUCCUGUAGCAGUCUGUAUUUCAGCGG